AUGGCUGAUAUUCUCACACAGCUGCAGACAUGUCUGGAUCAGCUCGCAACUCAGUUCUAUGCGACACUAGGCUAUCUCAGCACUUACCAUGAUAACUCCCCCGCCAUCCCACCUCCAAACGCCCCCGAUUCCGCACCAGCUCUCGCCAAAAUGUCCAAGACCACAACCUCUCCACCCAUACCGGCGUCAGUUGCGGCAUCUGCAGGCGCUGGAGGCGCCGGUCCGGCCGCAUCUCCACCUCCACCACCUCAACAACCCGGCGCAGCUGCAGGAUCUGCAGAAUCUCAAGAUCCAAACCUUCCUCUCGAACCAGACUCGCCACGCACAUUUGCCAGUCGACAGCGUGAGCUCGCCCGGGACCUCAUUAUCAAGGAACAGCAGAUCGAAUACCUCAUCUCAGUUUUGCCCGGCAUUGGGACCUCAGAGGCAGAGCAAGAGGCCAAAAUUCGUGAGCUAGAGGUGCAGCUUCGAGAAGUUGAGGAGAAACGCGAGGCCAAGGCGCUGGAGUUGAAGAAGCUGCGAGGGAGACUGGAGAAUGUGCUAGGGGCCGUCUCGAGAGGAGUUUAUUAG